AUGGAACUGUCCGAACGCAAUUUAUUAUUAGACCACACAUCAACUAAAAAUUCCAACAAUAAACUAUCUGUGAUUUUUGCAAUUGUAUGCAUUGUGGAUGUUUUUGGAGUUUUUCCAGUAAUAACAUUACCAAAAGCAAUAAUCGAUUCUGGCUUUUACGGCGGAAUUAUAAUAUGCAUAGUGUGUUCCAUCCAAAUAUACACAGCGAUUUUACUAGGGAAAAGCUGGAUAAUUGCAGAAAAAAUAGACAUGUCAGUUAAAACCAAAAACAGGUACCCCUACUCAGCUUUAGCGGAAAUCACAUACGGCACCACUUUCUCAAAUUUCGUUUCGUUUCUUGUAAAUGUUACCAUUUUUGGGGGCGGAAUACCCAAUUUAAUCGUUGCCUCUCAAAAUAUCGAACUUUUGGGCUUGAGACUAAGUAGUGGCACAUUUGAUGUUUCAUUUUGUUAUUGGAUUAUUAUAAUUGGAAUGAUUUUGUGUCCAGUUUUGUGGUUGGGGAGCCCUAAGGAUAUGAAAUUACUUUGCACCAUUUCUGUUGCUAACGUGGUUAUAGUUUUCCUUCUAGUAACCGGAUGCUUACUUUUUAGUACUCGAGCCUCAAGUAAUAGCAGUGACAAUACUUUUCAACCAGAGCAGUCUUUCUGGGAGUUAAUUUUUAUCUGUUAUGGGAUUAUAUCAUUCCAAUUUGAUAUCCAUCCAAGUAUUUUAACAAUUCAAGUCGAUAUGAAGGAAAAAUCGAAGCUCAAUAGUGCCGUACUUGGUGGUUUUACAAUUUCUUUAGGGAUGUUUUUUGUUGUUACUGCAAUCGCCGCAAGCAAGUAUGGCUUAUCAGUUAAACCAAGUCUCUUGGAGACAUUGCCAACAACAAUCCCUUUACAUUUCGCUGCCCUUUUUGUCGCACUUCAACUCUGUUUAUCUUCAGCGGUUAGUAACAGUGCCCUUUAUCAAUAUAUGGAGGAUUGUAUGAGUAUACCACGAGCUUUUAAUCACCGUCGCUGCGUUUUGAGAACAACACUAACAUUUUUAGCUGUUUUAAUAGCCGAAUCUGUGCCUCGCUUUGACCUUGUUAUGUCACUAAUUGGAGGAACUUUAACUGGCCCUUUGAUUUUCAUAUUCCCUCCUUUAUUCUAUUUGAGAAUGUUAUCAAUGGAAGACAAACACAUGAAGCAAGUAGCGAUGGAAACUUUCACCAGUAUUGUUUACAAUACGGAAGAAGAAAUCAAUACGAUUUUGACGAGUAGAGAUUUGAGUCAAUUUGAAAGUAGAAGUGUUUUAGGUGCAAAACUUGAUGUUUAUUGUUGUGUAACAAUAAUAGCUUUUAGUACUAUCUGCACUUUAGUUACGACUUAUGUGAACAUAAAAAAUGCGAUUGCUUUUGCCAAUUUUUCACAACCCUGUAUUUUUAAUGUUUCUUCAGCGUUGAUAAGUUUGUAAUAAUAAUAAAAAGCCUUUUUGUU